AUGGGCGGAACAAGAAAAAUCUACAUAGUGGUCGUCGGGUUAGUCAAAGUUAGCUGGCUUGUCUCACCACACGAAAGACCCGAUUUGAUUUGGUCCAACCCGGCUGGCUAUCAUACAGCAUCAUCAUGCGUGGAGAAAGUGAAGGUCGAUUGCGGGUCAAACAAGUUGACCGUGACGGGCCACGUGGACCCCUCGUGGCUGCGCGAGAGAGUUGAAUACAAGACCAAGAAGAAGGUGGAGCUCGUCUCCCCUCAGCCCAAAAAGGACGGCGGCGCCGACAAGAAGGCCGAGGAGAAAUCGGACAAAAAGCCAGAGCAGAAAAAGGCUGAUGACAAGAAACCCAAAGAGCCUGCGGUUACUACAGUGGUGAUGAAAAUCAAAUUGCACUGUGACGGUUGCGCGCACAAGAUUAAGCGAGUGGUCUUGAAAAACAUUGACGGGGUUAAUUCGGUAAAAACCGAUCUAGACAAAGAUACCGUCAAGGUCACCGGCACAAUGGACGUGAAGGAACUCUUAGCCUACUUAAAAGACAAGCUCAAACAAGGCAUAGAGAUUGUUCCCCCGAAAAAAGUCGAAGACUCCUCUAGUGGGCCCGCCAAGUCAGAAAAAGUCGCCGGAGGAGACAAAAAGCCCGAUGUUGGGCCCGCUAAGGAGCCCAAACUAGCCGAUGCCGCCAAGGAGUCAAAAUCCUCCGACGAAGAGUCGAAAAAAGUGGAAGUCAACAAAUUGGAGUACAAUAGCUUCGGUCCGCAAACUCACUACAUGAUGCCAAUGUACAACCAGAGUUACGCUAACCAGGAUUAUGGUCUGGAUGUCUACCAUCCUAGUAGAUUCGCUAACCAUGGUUAUCAUAACUCUAACUACGGUUACCCACAAAUGGGCUACGUGAUGCAGUACUCGCAAGGCCCACCGCCACCGCCGCCAACAUACGUGGACGAUCGGAUGUUCAGCGACGAGAAUCCUAACGGGUGCUCGGUUAUGUGAAGCCGGCCGUUAAUUUUUUGAAUGAUUAUUUCGAUUUAUGUUAUUUUUUUUGCAAUGUAUAUAAGAGAUUAAAAUGGAGUUUCUCUUUGAGAAAAUUUUACUACAAUGUUGUAGUGAGGUUGUUAGGAAAUAAGAAAAUCAGUUUUGUUUUAAUAUUGUUUGUUCAUCUAAUCAAAUUUCCUUUUGUAUCAUAAUUUUUAAUAAUGAUGAUCUUUAUAAUGAUUGUUAAGGGUAUA